UUUUUCUUCCUUCCGCAGGGGUGGUGGCCGCUGUGUUGCUUCGUUAGCUUCCCGUUCUGAAGCAUGGGAAUGUAGCGAGAUAAUAUCCCCGGAUAAAGUUGUGUUAAAGUGCUCGAUAAGUUGCCGACAACCCGUCUCGCAUCUUUGGAGGUCCUCUGCGACACCGACGACCACCGGAGGGACGUUUUUUUUUAUUUUUGGGACAUUUUUGAGACAAAGGGAAGAGACUUGUGAGCUAACGUUAGUUAGCUUGACUCGGCUAACUUAGCAUUCCUCCUUCGAGUGCUUCGCCAUGCAGGCCAUAAAGUGUGUCGUUGUCGGAGACGGAGCUGUGGGUAAGACCUGCCUGCUCAUCAGCUACACCACCAAUGCCUUUCCUGGAGAGUACAUCCCCACAGUCUUCGAUAACUAUUCUGCCAACGUGAUGGUUGACGGCAAGCCUGUGAACCUGGGCCUGUGGGACACAGCAGGACAGGAAGACUAUGACAGACUCCGCCCACUCUCCUACCCUCAGACGGACGUGUUUCUCAUCUGCUUUUCGCUCGUGAGUCCGGCUUCCUUUGAAAACGUCCGUGCCAAGUGGUACCCAGAGGUGAGACACCAUUGUCCCAACACUCCCAUCAUCCUGGUGGGCACCAAGUUGGAUCUGAGAGAUGACAAGGACACCAUCGACAAGCUGAGGGAGAAGAAACUCUCACCCAUCACCUACCCACAAGGCCUGGCCAUGGCCAAGGAGAUCAGUUCCGUCAAGUACUUGGAGUGCUCGGCUCUGACUCAGCGCGGCCUUAAAACCGUGUUCGACGAGGCCAUCCGCGCCGUCCUCUGCCCGCCGCCCGCCAAGAAGAAGAGGAAGAAGUGCAGCCUCCUCUAAGAAGGCCAGUAAUACGACUCCAUAACAAUGUACGUCGCUUCCGUAGAUGUAGCCAGCAGCAGGUUGUCAUCGUGUCACACAACUCUGACUAUUGAAAUUCAUGCAGACUUUUUUUUUUAGUAAAACAAUGGUGGAGCUGUUUAUUUUGUUUACAGUCUGGGUUCUUUAAGUGGACGUCUUGUUGCCAAAUACAUACUGCAAAAAAAAACAAGAAUGCUGCUGUUUGUCCAAACAUGUUCAUAUCAAAUCAAAGUGCAGGUUUGCAGACACCAACAGUGCUAUUAUUAUUAUUAUUAUUAUUAGUAAUCAUUCUGCGUCCUGACUGGACCUUUUCUCAUUUUACCAUAAGGCACCUCCCCAAUAUUGUGGUGUUUGGUGGCGGGGUACAAGAGCACCUUUGAUGCUCCUUGGGCAUUUAUCAAAAACCUUCUUUUUUUUUUUGUAAAGUCGCAUCACGACUGGCGAAAUAUCAGUGCCUGUUAGUAAGAAAGCUACUGUCAGUUGUAGUGUAGUUAUACUCUUUUGUUAUAAUCAUGUGAUUCCUUCACUCACUGUAUUGUUAACCUAACACUAUGAAUAUGCUUUUAUGUUACCUUAACCUCCAUACUCUGUCAUUGUGCUGAGAAAGCAUGUAUGUGCGACAUAUACUGAAAAGUACAAACAUUUGUCAUUGCUUACAUUUAUAUUUUUGUUUGCCUCGUUACAAAAAUGUAUUUGAACUACUAAAAAGGGGUAAGAACACGCUCGUCUUUUUGUACUCGGACAUCAAGCUGUGCUUCAAUUCAAGCCAAUUGUGGUGACUGUUGUAGUUUUAUGGGUUAAAAAAAAAGCUAUUGUCACUUUUUUGAAAACGCCAAUAAAGUCGAGUAAAAUCAAA